AUGUUACUGCGCUGUCUGUGCUUGCGCUACGAGCACGGAGCGUUCUACACGCGCGCUGGCUGCACCCUGGUGGCGCUGAACCCCUUCCAGGCGGUGCCGCUCCUCUACGCCAGUGCCACCGUGCACGCCUACCACACCAGCCCUCGCCUGCUGGAGCUGGAGCCGCAUCUGUUUGCCGUGGCAGAGCUGGCGUUCCGCAGCGCCACGAGCGGGCCCGACCCCAGGGAUCAGUCCGUGGUGGUCAGUGGGGAGAGCGGCGCUGGCAAGACGUGGUCCUCUCGCUGCCUCAUGCGCUACCUCGCGCUCCUCCAGCCCCAGGAGCAGCUCCACCCCCAGGAGCACAUCGAGCGCGUGCUCCACUCCAACCCCCUCAUGGAGGCUUUCGGUAACGCGUGCACGCUUCGCAACAACAACAGCUCGCGCUUCGGCAAAUACGUGCAACUUCAGUUGAACAGUGAGCACGAGCUGGUGGGCGCCUCCAUACAGACGUACCUGCUGGAGAAGACCCGUGUGGUCUUCCAGGCACCCCACGAGAGGAACUUCCACAUUUUCUACCAGAUGGUGAAGGGUGCGAGCGAGCAGGAGAGGGAGGCGUGGGACCUCCCCGCGGAGGCAAAAUUCCCGUGGCUGCCCAACGCCGAGCAGCACCUCGAAGAGGACGACUUCGAGGUGACAAAGGUGGCCAUGGUGAACCUGGGCAUGGAGCCUGGCCAGCGAGACCUCGUCUUCCAGGUGCUGUCGGCGCUGCUGCACCUGGGCACCGUGAGCUUCACGCAGCACGACGAGGCGAAGCCGUGCAGCGUGCAGCCUGCGGCCCACGGGAGCCUGGCGGCUGCGUGCCGCCUGCUGCGCCUGCCGGAGGACGCCGUGCGCGCCGGCCUCGUGCUGCGCCAGAUCGCCACGACGCAGGGCGGGCGGCGCUCCGUGCUGCUCGCCACCUGCACGCGGCGCGAGUGCAGCACGCGGCGCGACUGCCUCGCCAAGCUCGUGUACACGCGGCUCUUUGAGUGGCUCGUGGCGCUGGUCAACACGAGGAUUGGCGCCGGCUCCAGCACGUGGAGCCGAUUCAUCGGGCUCCUGGACGUGUAUGGGUUCGAGUCGUUCCCGAUGAACAGCCUGGAGCAGCUGUGCAUCAAUUACGCCAAUGAGAAGCUGCAGCAGCACUUUGUAGCGCACUUCCUGCGGGCACAGCAGGAGGAGUACGUGCAGGAGGGGCUGCAGUGGUCGUUCAUCGACUACGAGGACAACUCGAGCUGCCUGGAGCUCAUCGAGGGCCCCGGCAGCGUCGCCACCCCGGUGGGGCCUGCGCCCAGCCUCUUCUCACUCCUCAACGAGGCUUGCCGCGCGAACCGCGAGUCCAACGCGGCGGCGCUGGACACGCACCUGCGGCGCACGCUGGCCGGCCGGCGCUGCAUGUCGUGGCCACGCUUCUCGGACGCGCCGGAGUUCGUGGUGGAGCACUACGCCGGCUACGUCCCCUACCGCAUCGAAGGCCUCGCGCAGAAGAACGAGGACCCGGUCCCCCCCGAGCUGAUCACCCUGCUGGAGGGCUCCCACAAUCCCCUCCUGCAGCAGCUGUUUCCCAUGUCGCCGGCGGGCGGCGGGGAGCCUCCGUCUCCCGCGCCACGCGGCAAGGCCAGGGUCACGACCGUCGUGUCAAAGUUCAAGACGUCGCUGGACAGCCUCAUGAGGCUGCUGCAGUCGUCGACGCCGCACUACGUGCGCUGCAUCAAGCCCAACGCGGCGUGCCGGCCCCACACUUUCAUCCCUGAAGAGGUUCUGCCGCAGCUGGAGGCGUGCGGCAUCGUCGAGACGAUCAACAUCAGUGCCGCGGGGUUCCCAGUGAGGGUUCCGCACCAGAGUUUUGUGGACCGCUACGGCGUGCUGCUGGGAUCGGCCCACGACCCCGCGGGCGAGGCAGCGGCGAGCGGCCACGAAGGGCCGGGCGGGAGCGGCCACAGCGGGCCGGACGACCCCGACGGACGGAACGCGAGCGCGCGCCAGCGCAGACGACGCCGCGUCGCUCUGGGACGCGCCGACGCUUCGGAGCGCAUUCUGGAGCUGGCAGUGGCCGUCGGCCGCAAGCCUCCAUCACCGCCGGCGUCGCGGCCGUCGUCGCCACCGUCGCCGACAUCGUCGGCGCCUCCUCGUCGCUCCGCCGCCGCGCACUGCGGCAAAACCAAGAUCUUCCUGGCGCAGGAGACGGUGAGAGCGGCGCGUCUCGCGAGGGACGAAUGCGGCGGCGGUGGCGGGUGGGGGGGAUUUGCGUACCGCGGUUUGCCAUUGGGUAAAAACCGCGGACCGGCGUCGCCCCCCACCCCCACUGCUCGCAGCUGUCAGCCGUGCCGUGAAACCAGUCCCUGCGGCGAUCGCGGUGCGGCUACGGGGCACGGCGCGAAUGGCGAGCGCGCCGAUGGUUAUGAAUCCCCGUUUGAUUCGGUCGACAAGCGCCAGGGCCGUGCCGGCGUGACCCGAGAUCUCGCCCCCGCGAUCUGGCGCACGCAGCUCGAGAGCCUGGAGCAGGCCCGGCGCUGGGCGCUCGAUCUGCGGGCGAAGCGGAUCCAGGCGUGCUGGCGCCGUCUGCUGGCGCGGAGGCUGGCGCGGCGUCACCGGGCGACCCUCACCAUCCAGGCGUGCUGGCGCGGGACGCUGGCACGGAAGCUGGCACGGAGCCACCGGGCGGCAGUUCGCACCAUCCAGGCGUACUGGCGCGGGACGCUGGCACGGAAGCUGGCACGGAGCCACCGGGCGGCAGUUCGCACCAUCCAGACGUACUGGCGUGGGACGCUGGCACGGAAGCUGGCACAGCGUCACCGGGCGGCAGUUCGCACCAUCCAGGCGUACUGGCGCGGGACGCUGGCACGGAAGCUGGCACGGAGCCACCGGGCGGCGGCCCGUACCAUCCAGGCGUGCUGGCGUGGGACGCUGGCACGGAGGCUGGCGCGGCGUCACCGGGCGGCACUUCUCACCAUCCAGACGUACUGGCGGGGGACGCUGGCACGGAGGCUGGCGCGGAGCCACCGGGCGGCAGCCCGCACCAUCCAGACGUACUGGCGGGGGACGCUUGCACGGAGGCUGGCACAGCGUCACCGGGCGGCAGUUCUCACCAUCCAGACGUACUGGCGUGGGACGCUGGCACGGAGAUUUGUGCGGAGACACCGGGCGGCAAUUCACACCAUCCAGGCGUACUGGCGCGGGAUGCUGGCACGGAGGCUGGCACGGAGACACCGGGCGGCAGUUCGCACCAUCCAGGCCGGCUUCAGGGCCUGCCGGGCGCGCAGGGAGGCGACGCGGGCGCAGAGCGCCGCGUCCACUGUGCAGCGCGCGUGGAGGACGCGGAAGCGCAGGAUGGAGGAGUCGGCGCUGGAUGAGCUGGACUCGGCGUCGUCUCCUCCGCUAUCGGCGGUCGGCGCCACAAACUCUCCCGGUGGCCUCGUCCACCAAUCACCCUCCUCCUCCAUCACCGCCAUCACCUCCCCAUCCUCCUCCAUCACCGCCAUCACCGCCCCAUCCUCCCCCACCAUCAAGAUGUCCGCCCAGGGCAUCGCGACCAUCCGAGCGCUGCCCAGGGCCAGGGUCCACCUGCGGGUCGCCCGCUCGCCCCUGAUGCACGCCGACCGCUGCCCCAACUCCCUGGCCUCUCCGGGCGGCGAGGGCCUCAACGACCUCGCUCUCGUCUGCUAG